AUGCACCUGGGCCAUCACUCGUUCUACUACCGGUACCUCUCGACGCUGCCUGCGCCAGAGUCGAUUCAAAACUUGACCAUCGACGAGCUCGCGUCCUUGCAAGACCCGAGCCUCGUGAAGAUAGCCGGCCAGCGCAACGCCGAGAUCGUCACGUGGUACGAACGCCUCACUGACCGCCUCUUCCGCCUCUACCGGGAGCUCUUUAACGCGACAAGUUUUUCAUUCGAAACCUUUCGUUUUGCGUGGCAGACUAUCCAAGCUCGCACGUUUGGCCGGCGCCUGCCAUGGACGGCGCUUGUGCCCUUGGCCGACAUGCUCAACCGCGCCAACCACGCCAACUUCUACGCGUACUGGAACAAGACGUUCGAGAGGCACUCGUCCAUCGGUUACAAGCGCGGCGACCAAUUCAACAGCUACGAUCGACACCCCCACUACCAACUGCUGUUCGACUUCGGGUUUGCGCUGCGUGAGAAUGAGUGGGACUAUCUCGACAUGGACCUGCACCUCGACGAAUCUAGUGAUGAAAUCGAACCAAGCAAAGCAGGCCCGAGAGGCGGCGCCCUGUACAACUACUGCUCGGGCCUCGUCACAGCGCACGCCGCGUGCCUUAUGAAGCCGGCGUCAACGGAUCUAGUGAUGAAAUCGAACCAAGCAACGUGCUGGGCUUCCUGGACGGGCGCCUCCGAGCCCGACCGGCUCCGGGGCGCGCUGUCCAGCCGGGCCCGCGGGGUUAUCUCGUGUACAUACUGCCCUUAGAAUACUACUAGUAAACUCUUCAGUCGAAGUAUCAGACUCCGGGU